UCGGCUUCUCUGUUGCACCCACUGAAGUUUACCAUCUCAUGCAAAAGGCUAAAGCAUUUCGUUGGGAAAAUGGCCUGGCGCGUCGCAGGAUCCCUUUCUCGCUCCGUCAUGUCCGCCGUCAGAGCUCCACCGCUCCGCACCCCUCCGCCUUUGCCUCGCCUCCGCCCCUCGACUUCCUCUGCUCCCCGCCUUCAGUCACGUCGUCUCUCCUUCGCACCUUACAGGAAUUUGGGAGAACUGGGAUGUGUCCAGUCCUUCUUGCCUCUGCAUAGCUUGGUUUCUACGGCCCGUCUUUCUUCACAUCUCACUGUUAAAGUGCGGGCUUGUUGUGAGCUGUCUCAUGGUAACAUCUGCUGUUCUUUUCAGGAUUUAUAGUAGUCUCUUUGUACUUGAAAGGGCAUGGAUUAGCACAGCUAAGUGCAACAGCGAACUGAGGGAGUCUGAUGCCAGUUUGUCCUGUGGGGAUCAUGGUUAGCUAUUCUUAGUA